AUGAUAGCUCCGCAGAGGGAGCGUGAUUUUUCUGCACUAGUGGAGAAGGCGAAGAUCGCCGAGGAGUGGCCUAAGAAAAAGGCAAAAGUUGAUGGGCCGGUUAGAGCUGGGCCCCCUGUUACUGUUACUGGAUUGCAACCAUAUACUGAUUGUGGUAGACUCCAUCAGCGCGAGUGUUGGAGAAGGACUGGGGUGUGCUUGCGGUGUGGGUCAUUGGAGCACCGUAUUAGGGAGUGUCCGUUGAGGGCCGAUCAGAGGCAAGCUCUAGAUAAUGAAGCACCAGGCAGAGGUGCUGGACAGGCUGAGGCAAGGCAGCCGGCCCUAGUUUAUGCUGCUCGUCGCCAAGAGGAUGGAGAUGCUCCGGACGUCGUCACGGGUACGUUCUAUAUUCUUGAUGUACCGUAUAUUGCCUUGACCACAUAUAUCUGA